UUGGUCUUUCUGACAAAGAACAGCUGUUCAAGAUAUUACUCAUAUGUCGUUUAACAACUUACAAGGAAAAUCAAGAUUUAAUUUCUGCGAAAUUAUUAAAAAUUGAUUUCCUAAAGUAGAUACAAAUUUUUGGCCAAGAUGUCUGACGAUCUUCCAGACAAGUUUGAUUUGAUCGUCAUAGGCACUGGGUUUCCGGAAAGUUGUGUAGCUGCAGCGGCGAGUCGCAUUGGCAAAAUCGUCCUACAUAUCGAUCCAAAUGAUUAUUAUGGAGGCGUAUGGGCUUCAUUUAACUUGGAGUCGUUCUGUGCACUAUUGGAACAAGGCAGAAACAAGGAGUUACGAAAUGCAACCCAGAAAUGGCACGUAACCGAACAAUUAGGUGAUGAAUGUAAAACAGGGGAAAAUAACCAGGAAAAUGUGGAUCCUGCUGCGGAAGACGGUACAGAAAAAGUGGUGGUUGGCCAAAGUGUUUCUACACAGGGUACACAGCAAUGGAGUCGGCAAACUUUAUUACAGCAAUCACGUCGCUUCAAUUUAGACCUAAGCCCGAAUAUACUAUAUUCAGCGGGGCGUUUGGUGCAAUUGCUUGUGUCUUCAAACAUAUGUCGCUACGCUGAGUUUCGUGCAGUGGAUCGUGUAUUGACGCGCUUCCACAAUGAAAUCAUUAAUGUGCCUUGCUCUCGCAGUGAUGUGUUCAAUACCAAAGAUUUGAACAUCGUAGAGAAACGACUGCUUAUGAAAUUUUUAACAAUCUGUCUAACAUAUGGUGAAGAUAAAACAGAGGAGGAUACUGCACUGUAUCGUGGUAAAACAUUCCGUGAAUAUCUGCAAGAGCAAAAGGUUACCGAGAAGAUAAGUUCUUGUAUAAUGCAUGCAAUUGCUAUGUGCAACGACGAAACGCCCUUCGAAAUAGGCAUGGCCCGUACCCAACAGUUUCUUAGCAGCCUUGGGCGUUACGGCAAUACUCCAUUUCUGUUUCCAAUGUAUGGUUGUGGUGAAAUACCGCAAUGCUUUUGUCGACUCUGCGCAGUUUUUGGUGGUACUUACUGUUUGAAGCGACGUAUUGACGAUAUAACCAUCGAAGCGGAUACCAACAUUGCGAAUGUCGUGCUAGAGGGCAAAACUAUAAAGGCAAAUCAUGUAGUCAGCGCGCAAGAGCAUUUGCCAAAUGUUUUAUUGGAACGAAAUAUGGGCAUAUACGGACAAGGAGAUUUGGUAAAUUGUCUUUCUAGAGGUGUUUUCUUGACGGCCACGCCAUUAGGAUCUGAAGAGUUGAAUUCCGGUGGUGGUGGCGUGAAUAUUUUAAGACUCUUAGCUGAUAGACAGGAAGCCUUUGUCAUCCAACUAUCACAUUUUUCAGGCACCUGCCCCAAAGGAGUCUACAUCUUUCACUUCACCACGGUUGCGCAGAGUGAUCAACCGGAGCAAGAUCUGGCACCUUUUGUGGCACAAGUAUUUAAUUCUGAAUUGGGAAAUGCACCUAAAUUACUAUACUCCGCUUGCUUCACCAUCAUGGGACGAAAACAAGCUAUGUCCAGUCCAACUGUAGAUUCAUCAACGCCGAUAUAUUGUACCAGCGCUCCAUUUUACAAUCUGGAUUACGAUGAAUCCAUAAAAAAUGCGCGCGACAUCUUCACUAAAUUGUACGGAGAUGCCGAAUUUCUACCACGUGCGCCCGAUCCAGAAGAGAUCGUUAUCGAUGGCGAAGAUCCACGUGCUCUUAGUGAAAAUAGUUUGCCCGAUGAUUUACGUGAACAAUUGAGAGAACUGGAAAAAUCAGUUGAACAUAUGGAAUUCGAAGAGACAGACGCAGUGUCUGCUAGUGAGAGUGAACAACACCAAAUGGACGCUGAGUAAGCAACCAACAAAACGCGUUUAAAUCGUAAUCGAUUAGAAAAAAACUAUCAAUUGCAAUUCUUAUAAUUGAAUAAGCAACGUUGUACUACUGCUAACAGAUAACUAAAGUAUAUGCAAACAUGAAUGUGUAGUAAGUCGCUGCUAAACUUUUUUUUACAUUUCGAACUUUCACAUAAAAUUAAAAUUACGCACCCACAAACAACAUUUCGUCUUUAUCUUAUAUUUUCUUCAACCAAAUGGCAGAUGGAUGAGCUAAAGACUAAGCUGAUGAAUUUUUAAUUUUUUAUGCUUUUCUUAUUGAUUUGCAUUUUUUGAUAAAAUAUAAUUUCUGAAGUACAUAUUUAUUGGCUGAACGCCGGCCUUCAGAUAAAUAGCAUUUAAAUAACUAUAGUAACAUAAAUAGUUGGGAUGGAUAGAAGUUUUAUGCAGUAUAGAUCCUCAUGCAGCAGAAUUCUCCAAGAACUUAGAUGGUCGUUCUCACGACAGUCGGUUCUACGUAACCGGAACGACCCGGAUUCAUAUCCGGCCAAGGAUUAUCACUUCAGCAGAAUUUAGAUGGUUUAUUUGUAUGCUGUUACAACCAUGACUAGCACUAGGACUUGCCUAUAAAACGUUUAUCACUUGCUGAAAACGGUCUGCAGACGGUGUUGUUGGAAGGCGCUUUCUUCAAUAGCAAAAAGAAGAUAUUUUAGUUUUAAAAAUCUUAUUUACAUUUUUUCUUUAUUUAAAAAAAUGUUGCAUAUAUAUGUAUAUGUAUAUUUUAUUGUGUAUAAUUAUAUAUACUAUAUGUGUAUAUAUGUACGUAGUCGCAUGUAUGUGACUGUAAUGUGCUGAUUUCACGCGGUGACUACAAAUUUUAUGAAAUGCUUUUACGCUGCCAAAUAUUUAGUCACGCGAGCGAGCUUGAACAAAAAUGGAAGAACAAGUAAGAAGAAAACUACGAAAUAAAUGUCGUUGAACCAGCGCUUGUAAUGCUAUGAAAUGAUAA